ACCAUGCAGCAAUUCAACUCAUCAAACAGUUCACACACUACUCCAGUCUCAUCUGAAAAUUUCAUUGCCAGUAGUUUACUGGGAGUUUGCUUCAUACUGGGAGUCCCUGCUAACAUAGCAGUAAUUAUACGUCUUACUGGAUGGCUGAAGGGAGGCAGUUUUACCCCAAGACUGAUGCUAAGCCUGGCUAUAUCAGAUCUGCUCACUCUGCUGCCUCUGCCAGUUUGGAUUUGGUCUCUGCUGCAUGACUGGGUCUUUGGUCUGGUCAUGUGUAAGUUUCUUUCCUAUUUGGAGUACUUAAGUCUCUACUGCAGCAUACUUUGUGUGAUGUUGAUGAGUGUCCAGCGAUACAUACAAGUGUUGCAACCUGAGAAAUGGAACAAGCUUGGCAUGAAAGGAAAGAAGAUCCUUCUGAGUGGUAUGUGGAUCCUAAGUGGAAUAUUAUCAUCCUAUGCUCUUGUACAGCGCACCGUAAGCCAAGACAGACAAGGACGCCUUCAGUGCAAGCGAUGCUAUAGUAAUAAUGUGGAAAGAGUGGCUACUUUAAUUUGGGAGAUUAUACUGUUUAUGAUUUUGUUCUCUACACUGAUUCACUUCUACUUUCAUCUGUACAGGGGAGUUAAUAACUCAGCUUUCUUCAGCAGUCGCUUAUUUACAAAGCUGGUGACCAGAAUUGUUGCAUGUUUCUUUAUUUUUUGGAUCCCAUUACAAAUCUCCAACAUUGUGAUCAUCACUGCUGUGUUGCUGAGGAAAGAAAGGUUGUUAAAAUCUGCUGAAUCUGGUGACAGUAUUACUUCAGCGCUUACUUUUAUUAACAGUUGUGUGAACCCAUUCCUGUAUGCCUUCUCUGCUCGAGCUUUAAGACAACAUACAGCUAGGACAGAAAAUGCUUAGUUCCUCUUUUAUGAAAAGGUUUUUAAGAGUAAUUAAAGAGAGCUAAUUUCUCUGAAGGCCAAUGGCAGCUGUUGCAUUUAUAAAAAUAUAAUAAUUCUGCUUUUCCUUAUAAUAUUAUAGGAUAUUAUAGUUUUUGGCACAGUUUUGUUGUCUGUAUUUUUGCUGAUAAAUGUAAUCAGUUUAUAAUGAGGCUGUAUGAUCUUUUUAUGGGGGAACUGGCAUCAAAGAUUAGUAAGUAAGAUAAAUAAGCCUGCACUAGUUAAAAAGUUAAAAAUGUUUAAUUUAACAUUGAUCAAGAGUACAUUUCCUUUUAUUUGUUUGUUCAAUUUAUGUUACUGAAUGUAAUAGUUUGAAUUAAAAUUGUAAAAAGGUUGCGAUCAUUCUUAGACCACAGCUGAAGUUUACUAUAUAUUUCUAAAUGGUACAUCUGUUUGGAACAUUUUUUAAAAGCAUGGGUGCAACUAAGUGGUUAACACUGUGGCCCCCACACCUCCAGAGUCAAAGGUUCAAUUUCUGACUUGGGCCUGUGUGCAUAGAGUAUGAAUGUUCUUCCUGUGUUUGGUAGGUUUCCCUCAGGUACUCCAGAUUCUUCUCACUGCCCAAAUAAUUCUGAUUAAGACUAAUUGGUUUAGUGUGUGAGUGAGAAUGUGUGGGUGGUGGUGCAUCUGUACUUAGGUUCGCUGUGAUAGGUUGGCACCCUAUCCAGGAUGUACUCAGCCUUAGUCUUCUGGGAUAGGCAGAUGCAAUUUGAUGCACAAUUGUAACAUGAAAAUGGCAUUAACACCACAGGACAUCACUCUCUUCUUUUUCGGUCAGCUUUGAAAUGAAGGAAGGAAAAUCCACUUUAAAGGCAUCAUGUCCAAGGCUGUGACCAUGAGUAAAACUGAUGAACAGAUAGCAUUAUUUUAUUUUAUUUUAUUUAAAAUGCUCAAUGUUAAAUUAUUGGAUAAUACCAUUAAUAUGACAGGGACACCAUGCAUUCACAGAUUCAUCCACUAUGAAACUGUGCUGUAUUGAACAAAGGAAA